AUGUCGCCGUCGCCGCCGCCCUGGUUCCCGCCCGGACCCCAGCCCUCCGUCUCCCCGCACCCACCACCGCCUCCCGCCCCUCCUCCGUGUGGCCCCUCACCCCGACCGCCGGCCGUCCAGCUCGGCUCCUCUCGCUCGCCCGCCGCGCGCCUGUCGCCGCCGCCUCCCUGGCUAUCCCAAGAUACAGGGGUUGCGAUGCCCGGUGCCAACAUUGUUACCCAGAACGAUCUACUCAUCGUUGGCCCAGGUGUGCUUGGGCGACUGGUAGCCGAGAAGUGGCUAAAGGAACAUCCAGGAUGCAAAGUUUAUGGCCAGACCGCAAGCACAGACCAUCACAGCGAGCUAACCGAUAUUGGCAUCAUUCCCUCCUUGAAGGGAUCCACUAUCUCUCAAAAGGCUCCAUAUGUUAUUUUCUGUGCACCCCCAUCUCGUUCUGAUGAUUACCCUGGCGAUUUGAGAGUGGCUGCCUCAAAUUGGAAUGGAGAAGGUUCUUUCCUGUUUACGUCGAGUACUGCUCUUUAUGACUGCAGUGACAACAGAUUGUGCAACGAGGAUUGUCCAUCUAUUCCUGUUGGCAGGGGUCCUCGUACUGAUGUUCUUCUUAGAGCAGAAAAUGUUGUUCUGGAGGCAGGAGGCUGUGUUCUCAGGCUAGCAGGACUUUAUAAAAUAGAUAGAGGUGCUCAUUAUUUCUGGUUGAGGAAGGGAACACUGGACUCACGACCAGAUCAUAUUAUCAAUCAGAUCCAUUAUGAGGAUGCUGCGUCCCUUGCAAUUGCCAUUAUGAAAAAGAGACCUCGGGGUCGUAUAUUUUUGGGCUGUGACAAUAAGCCUCUUUCCAGGCAAGAAAUAAUGGACGCUGUUAACAAAAGUGGGAAAUUCGACACGGAAUUCCACGGUUUCACUGUACCGACGGUCCAUUGGGGAAGAGGAUGGAGAAUUCGAAAACCCGGGCCGACAUUGGGUGGGAGCCCAAAUACCCAAGCUUCACAGAGUUUCUCGGCGUCGACAGUUAGUACCCGGUCGCACACGUUGAGCAAUUCUUCUUGUUACCCUGAGUGA